AUGCCGCCCAAGCAGAACCCAUCCGCUCCUCUACCCAACCGCCCCAAGCGUAAUCGAAAGCCAAGCCUCCAGGCCAUCGAGGCGGCUGAGAACAAGGCCGCAGAAGAGAAAUGGCUAGCCAAGAGAAGGAAGGGAAAAGCAAAGAGGCAGGCUCAACAAGCGCAGACAAAUCCCUUCAACGUCUCAGCGCCGGCUCUAGCAUCAGUACCACAGCAGCCUCUUCCACCACCUCCAGCAGCUUUGCCAGCACUUCCGGUGCCGGUCUUACCGGCAGGCCCGCAGCCUCCAGUGCUACCACAUCCUCAGCAAACUCAAACGAUAAAUCAAGGAAUGGCUCAGUUGGUGCUACAAACACCAAUAACUAUACCACGACCUCUAGCACCGUUGGCACCACCUCCUCCACCGGCUCUGCCAUCCGGGCCACCGCCGCCUGUUCCGCAGCCACUGCAGCAGCCACCUUCUGUUUCUGUUUCGGCUCGAAUAGUGCCACAACCACAGCCACAUCCAGCUUUGGCACCACAUCCAGCAUUGGUUCUACCAUUGACGCAAUCGUCGGUGCCCCCGGCAGCUCUAGCACAAACUCGAGGACAGGAUGUGCACAGAUCAUACGUGGACGCCCUGCAGUACGAACGUGACAGUUACAAUAAUCUGCACGACUAUUUUCUGGUGGAACAGACUAUGAAGGUGAGGACGCCCGUGAUCAGAUGGGACGAUAUGAAACCGCCCACGAAUGAACCAAUAGUGCCACUGAGCCACGAACACGAGCCUCCCACGCCUCAGUUUCCCCAUCCAGAUGACAUCGAGCCUAGCAAACGUUCCAAUCACGUCUUUGUCAGUGGUGCCAGUGGUGCCAAUGGUGCCUUCGGUUUACAAGGAGGCGGCUUAUGUGGUGGUGACCAUGCUGGUGCUGCUGCCUCUGGCGAUGAUGAUCUUCCACCUCCACCAGCUGCAAAGCGGCGCCGCAAUCGGAAGCGGCCAGUAUCGGCGUUCUCGAAGCCGCCGGUGGCGACAAAAAGACCACCAUCGCAGCCAAAGAAGGCUCCCACUUCUGUAGCAGCCCCUGUGCAGCUGCCUUCGACUUCAGUCAUCGCGCCUUUGUUGAGAGAACACACCCUCUACAUGGCCCGGAAAUUUGGACGAAUCUGGAAGCAGGAGCACGCUCAAAAAUGUGCAAUGCUGGCAAUGCACGCAGACGUUCCGUCAUUUGUGUCACCAUACGCUUUGAAGUCGCCGUCUAUCCCAUCAUGGAACUCGUUCAAAGCAGAUGAGCCACGCAACCGCGGCUCACAGCAUGACUCGCUCAAAAGCUUCCUCGAGCACCUGCUGUCGCUAAAUGUGUCCCAUUUACCCAUCAGCUCCUCAGACUCGGCCUUGGUUGCAGAAGGCCCAACCUGUGGCAGCAGCGAUCUCUACUUGCCGGAAUUGCAAUUGUCUUCGCAAAUGCCGAUAGUGAUGCCCCCACCUCCGACCCCCCAGCUGGUAUCAGAACAUUAUUUCGAAAGGGACUCCCCUGUAGACGAUAACACGAGCAACAGCAUAUCUCCAGGGUCCAGUUCAUGGUGGCACCCACUGGAAGCGGCUGCUCCCUGUGGCCGGGAAACGUCCUGCGCAAACGUGGGCUGUCCGCGUUGCUACUACAUGGCUUGUCCAUGCGUAUGCCACAAGGACGCGUCCAACUCGUUUGUUUCAGCUGGCCGUGACGAACCAGAGGACUGGGUCGACUUUGACACGGCACUGACCGAUGUGGCCACAGGAACAGAAGAGCUUCCUACGAACGGGAACUCAGAGCGACGUGCAGCGGCCGCGGCAGGAAUGGUGCCGGCUAUAAUACCUAUGUUUCCUGCUGAACUUUUCGGCCGCAACGAAGGUGGCAAGUUAAGCCCGAGGAGCUUUGAUAUGGAUUUGGCGCCAUACGUUUAG